AUGCCGAGAGGAAAGGGAUACCGCCGGUCUUUGGCGGCAAAAUUGAAGAAUGCACGGCGCAACACUCCGCAGCUUCCCACUCCUGAAGUGAUUCUGGUGCCACGUGGUGGUGCAUGUGAGCCAUGUUGUGGACCAGGGGUUCGUCACAAAGUCAACAGAUGGGACGUCUCAGAGGUUACUGGAAAACAACGCAAGCUCAUCAUUCCUCCAGAGGUCCCAGACAAGAAGUUCAUUGUGGUUGUCGGGGAUUCCCAUCUGCGGGCCAUAGUCGACGGGAUCGUUCCGAUGCCGACGUCAAAGGACAUCCCGCUGUCGUUUGGCUUCCUGUCUGUGCCUGGGGGCUGUGCUGCCGACCUGAGGGCAGAGUUGGUCAACGCCUCUCUUCCCCGGACCCCAGAUGCUAUCUGUGUCUUGGCACCCAGCAACAACCUCACUGCAGACCAAACCAUCAGUGAAGCGGCGGCAGAUUUUCGCAAACUAUUGGUCAGCGCCCGCAUCAUUUGUGCUGAGGUCUUUGUUGUCGACUUCCCGCCGCGUUUGAACGUUGCCCUGGACGUACAACAGCGUUAUCUUGAGGAGUACCAUCGGGUUGAAGCUUCGUUGGGUAUGUGA